AUGGGUAAAACCACCAGUCAGAGCUCAACUCAUCCAUGUCUGAAAAAUGCGUGUAGCACAUUUUAUAUAGCAGCGAAUGCAGUUGACCGAGACAAAUCAACGUGUACAAGAAACACUGAAAUAGGAACAUUUUCAAUCACGAAAACGGUGUGGUGGAGAGUAGAUCUUGGUGCAGUUUACAGUAUUUACAGCACCAAUGUCCUGUUCAAGAACUAUAACGGUUAUGAAAUACGACAAAGAGGCCGUUUUGCGGGAUUGUCUCUUUACUUAUCAAAUUCUAGUGUAAGAUACAGUGAUUUCCUGUGUUACGAGGAUGAACAAGAAUUGCCACCAUUAAACUUUACGACGAUAUGUGUCGGAUAUGGACGAUAUGUUACAUUUUACAAUCAACGAUUGGAUGAAAAUACAUAUCCAGACGGAUACCAACGUACGACAGUCACUGAAUUGUGCGAAGUAAUAGUAAAUGGUUGUAGGAGAGCAGGUGUCUAUGGUAAGCAUUGUGGACAAAAAUGCCCCAAGAACUGUCAAGAACAGAGGUGUGACAUCGUCAACGGAACUUGUCUGGGAUGUUUAGAAGGGUGGACUGGAGCAUUUUGCGAAAAUAAGUGCUCAGGGGGAUGGUAUGGUCUUGAAUGUAAACUACAGUGUUUUGGACACUGCAGAGGUAACGCUUUUUGCAACCACGUGACUGGUCAAUGUGACAAUGAAUGUGCUGAAGGAUGGAAAGGAGUAAACUGUGAUGAACAGUGUGGAGUUGGUCAUUAUGGCGUGGGUUGUAAAUUCAGUUGCAGUGGUCACUGUCAGAAUAACGAUCCCUGUAACAAACAAACUGGACAUUGUGACAAAGGAUGCGAAGACGGAUACACUGAUCACUUCUGUAACAGCGGUAACUUUCUUUCUUAG